AAGCGCUGCUGGACCUCAGCGCCAAGCGAGUGGCGGAGAGCUGGGCCUUCGAGCAGGUGGAAGAGCGCUUCUCUCGGGUACCUGAGCCUGUCCAGAAACGCAUCGUGUUCUGGUCUUUUCCACGAAGUGAGCGGGAGAUAUGUAUGUACUCGUCCCUGGGGUACCAGCCCCCGGAGGGCGAGCAGGACGCCCGGGUGCCCUUCACACGCGGGCUGCAUCUGCUACAGAGCGGGGCUGUAGACCGGGUGCUGCAAGUGGGGUUCCACCUGAGCGGGACCAUCCGCGAAGAGGGGAGCCCCGGGGAGCCGGAGCGCCUGUACCAGGUCUCCAUCAGCUUCGACCGCUGCAAGAUCACGUCAGUGAGCUGCGGCUGCGACAACCCGGGCCUCUUCUACUGUGCGCACGUGGUGGCCCUGUCGCUGUACCGCAUCCGCCACGCGCGGCGCGUGGAGCUGCGCCUGCCCAUCUCCGAGACGCUGUCCCAGAUGAACCGCGACCAGCUGCAGAAGUUCGUGCAGUACCUCAUCAGCGCCCACCACACGGAGGUGCUGCCCACAGCCCAGCGCCUGGCCGAUGAGAUCCUACUGCUGGGCUCCGAGAUCAACCUGGUACACGGCGCCCCGGACCCCACGGCGGGCGCGGGCAUCGAGGAUGCCAACUGCUGGCACCUGGACGAGGGGCAGAUCCAGGAGCAGGUGAAGCAGCUGCUCUCCAACGGCGCCUACUACGGGGCCAGCCAGCAGCUGCGCUGCAUGUUCGGCAAGGUGCGGGAGAUGCUGCGCAUGCGGGACUCGAACGGGGCGCGCAUGCUCAUCCUCAUGACCGAGCAGUUCCUGCAGGACCCGCGCCUGGGCCUGUGGCGGCAGCAGGGCGCGGGCAUGACGGACAGAUGCCGGCAGCUGUGGGACGAGCUGGGGGCCUUGUGGGUCUGCAUCAUCCUGAGCCCCCAUUGCAAGCCAGAGGAGCGUGCAGGCUGGCUGCAGCUGCUUGCCACGUGGGACAAGCUGGACGUGUGCCCCCUGGAGGAGGGCCAGUAUACCUUCCAUGGCCCAAACCUGCAGCCCACAGUGUCUCCCAGCCAAGGCUCAGAGGAGGAGGAGGAGGGGACCGCCGCCAGUGCCCGCCACACCGUCUUUGGCCGUGCCCUGCAGGCGGGGCAGCUCCACUGGGGAAACCCACACCUGCAGAGCAUCCUGUCCAGCGACUCCCACGGCCCCCACCUCCUGGGCAGCAUCGGCCCCGACAAGACGAACUUUGACCCUCAGGGCCGCCCUCUGUGGCUGGGCGAACCUCUCCCCAUUGCCUGCGCCCGUGUGGACACCCUGCGGGCCCACGGCUAUCCCCGCCAGGCCCUGCGGCUGGCGAGUGCCAUCAUCAACACGCUCCGGCUGCAGCGACGCCACCAGCUGGAGAGCUACAAGCAGAGGAAAAAAGAUCUGUUGGAGAAGGGGGUGAGCAGCGUGGCGCACGUGGAAGGCUGGGUGGGCCACCCCCUGGACCCCAUCGGCUGCCUCUGCAGGGCGCUGCUGGAGGCCUGUCGCCUGGAGGAAGAGUCACUCUCUCUGUACCCAGACUCAGGCUCCGAGAAGAGGAAGGUGUCCUACCAACACGUGCCGGUGCCCGGGAGUCCUGGCGAGUCCUACCUGGCGCUGGCGCUGGAGGUGGCCUUGCUGGGGCUGGGCCAGCAGCGGGCCCUGCCCGAGGGCCUGUACGCCCAGGAUAAGGUGGUGCGCCACGAGGAGCAGCUGCUGGCCCUGCUGGAGGAGGUGGGGCUGGACGACAGGCUGGUGCAGGUGCUGCGCACGCAGGCGGGGCUGCUGCUGGAAGGCGGCCCCUUCAGCGGCUUCGGGGAGGUGCUCUUCCGGGAGAGCGUGCCCAUGCACACGUGCGCGCGCUACCUGUUCUCCGCGCUGCUGCCCCACGACCCUGACCUGGCCUACCGCCUGGCACUGCGAGCCAUGAGGCUGCCGGUGCUGGAGACUGGGUUCCGGGCCGGAGAAACUCAUCCCAGCCCGCCGGGCUCCAUCAUGGGCACCCACGUCCCCCGCUGGUUCAUCCUUGGGCACCUGGAGACCCGCCAGUGUGAGCUGGCCUCCACCAUGCUGACUGCCGCCAAGGGAGACCCCAAGUGGCUGCACGCGGUGCUGGGCUCCAUCCAACAAAACAUCCACUCUCCGGCCUUGCUCUUCAAGCUGGCGCAGGACGCCUGCAAGACGGCCACCCCGGCCAGCGCGCCGCCGGACACUACGCUGCUGGGCAUCGCGCUGGAGCUGGGGCUGCAGGUGAUGCGGAUGACCCUGAACACCAUGACGUGGCGCCGGCGGGAGAUGGUGCGCUGGAUGGUCAGCUGUGCCACGGAGAUGGGCGCUCCCGCCCUGAUGAAGGUCAUGAAGAGCUGGUCCUCGCUGUUCACGCCGGUGGAGGCGGCCACCCUGGUGGCGGUGACGGCCACCACGCACGCCACGCUGCUGCGGCUGCAGCUGGACGCGGCGCGCGCCGACCGGGCCCCGCUGUGCCAGCUCCUGGACGCCGCCGUGGCCGCCUACAUCGCCACCAGCCACUCGCGCCUCACCCACAUCAGCCCGCGCCACUACGCCGACUUCAUCGAGUUCCUGGACAAGGCCCGGCGCACCUUCCUGCUGGCGUCCGACGGCCACGUGCAGUUCGCGCAGUUCCUGGACAGCCUCAAGCACACCUACAAGGGCAAGAAGAAGCUCAUGCUCUUGGUGCGGGAGCGAUUCGGGUGAGGGGGUUCGCAGGUGGCCAGGGGAAACCCCCCCUACACACACACACACACACACACCCCGAUCUCCUGGCACCUGGAUCAGUAUUAAGUCAGGGAAAGAGUCCCGAGGGGAGGGUCCCGCCCCGUCUGUGCCUAGCCGUGUGCGAUUCGUGUGCCAGAGACUCAGGAGCAAAAGCCAUACCACCACCACCCCAGAGGCCCGGAGGAGGGGCGGUGUAUCGGGGCCCCCCCCCCCACAUUAGCAAUAGGCAAGCUCCCCACUCUCCAAGGCCCGGGCCUGGCUGAGUCCCCUCCCCCCACCUGAGGAGCUGCGAGGCAGGGCUGGCCAGAAGCUGCCCCCCCCAGACAACGUGGCAGACCCCCUGCCCACCCAGGGCCACCCCGGAACUUGAUAUUAGCUUGUCUGAACCCCUUUUCCAUUUUUCCUACCCACUCCCCACUGCUCAGGGCCCAUCCUAGCAGCCCCGCGCCCCCAGCCAGAACCAGGAAGGAUUUCAAGAGACCGAUCGUAGGCCUGCGUUACAUACCUCACCCCACCCCUAGGCCUCUGUCCAGCCAGGACCCCCCCCUUCCCUUAGGCACCAGUGGGGCGAUCGCCACCCCACCUCAGUCACUGGAUGCACAACUCAGGAAGUAACCUCAGCCUGGCUACUCCCCAGCUAGGUGCUGGGGAUACAGACACGAGAGCCAGCGAACCCCGCCAACCCCCCACGACCCCACCCGGAACUCGGGGCAGCUUGGUGUAUUCUGACUCUGCCAGCUUCACCCCAAUGUCCCCCUCUCCCCAGAUAGGGGACAGAGUGCCCUGCCCCGACCCAGCGCUCUGGCUUCUCCUUGGUUGUACAUUAA